AUGAAGUAUCCUUUGUGGUAUCUUCUAACCUUCUUCGUUUCGAAGAAAAAAGCCCCUCAAUUACAAGGUUCAGAACUUCCGGAGGAUAUAUGCCGUCAAUUUUCACUAGCCGAGAUCGAAGCCGCUACCAACAACUUCCACCCAGACUCCAUUAUUGGUAUAGGUCGUUACGGGGGUCUUUAUAAAGGAACUAUCGAUGAUGGAACCGUUGUUGCUGUCAGGCGCUGCCGAAGCAGUUUAGGAGCAGUGAGAGAGUUACAAAAUGAGGUACGGUUGCUUUGCCAGUUGCGCCACCCACAUCUCGUCUCCCUUAUCGGCUUCUGCGUUGAGGGAUCGGAGAUGGUCGUUGUGUUAGAAUACAUGAGCAGAGGGUCACUCGCUGAUUUUCUCUUUGGGAUUGGGAAGGAUUACGUUCCACUGUCUUGGAAACAUAGGUUACACAUAUGUAUCGGUGCAGCACGUGGAUUACAUUACCUUCACACCGGUGCCAAGCAUGCUGUAAUCCACCGCCACAUCAACAGCUCCAGCAUACUUUUAGAUGAAGAAUGGUGUUGUAAACUUUCAGAUUUUGGCUUGUCCAAACUGGGUCCUCGUAGCAUGUCAAAAGCUUUGAUAAGAAUGGAUACACGUCCGGCGGGAACGAUCGGAUAUGUGGAUCCAGAGUAUGCCCUGUACGGAGAACUGACAGAAAAAUCUGACGUCUUCUCGUUUGGGGUCGUUUUAUUUGAAGUUGUAUUUGGUAAAAAAGCCUUCAAUAGGACAAGUGUUAGGAUUAGUGAGAAACAUAUGCUCGAGUGGGCCGUGGAUUCCCUAUGGAAAGGAACCAUUUAUCAUGACAUUGAUCCAUAUCUCAAGGGGAGAAUAGCUCCAGAAUGUUUGAACAAGUAUUUGGAAAUCGCUUCUAGUUGUGUCCACCGAAAAGGAAAUGAAAGGCCAGCGAUGGGUGAGGUGGAAGUCACAUUAGAGCUUGCCUUGGAGCUGCAAGAGAGAGCAGAUUCCAAAAUGGAGAGCAUCAAUCCUUGUAUGUAUGAAGAAGAAUUGUUUUCUGGCUUUGUUAGGAAUUUCUCGGGUCUUGAUAGCUUUCUAGAUUAUGAGUUUAGCUACUAUAAUUCUUUUAACUUCAAAGAUUCAGAUAGCAAUAAUUCCAAUCAUAAUAUUUCGUACGGAUAGCAGAUAAUUAUGAAGAAAUUUCAUUACAUAAAAAUAUGCAACUGUUUUAUCUAGAA